AUGUCUUCGCUCGACGAGAAACACGCCCCUCCCGACGACGCCGCCGCCGCCGCCACGCCCGAUGCCGAACCCACUACGGCGCCGACCGCCACCACCGCCGCCACCGCCUCCGAUCCCGUCCCCCGCCCCGCCGGAUGGAUGUACCGCGGCUUCCGCUUCCGCGGCAAGGAGCUCUGGUACGCCUCGCCCCGCAUCCAGCUCUUCAUGGUCUCCUUCGUCUGCUUCCUGUGCCCCGGCAUGUUCAACGCCCUCGGCGGCCUCGGCGGCGGCGGCCAGGUCUCGACAAAGGCCUCCAACGACGCCAACACGGCGCUGUACUCCACCUUCGCCGUCGCCGCCUUCUUCGCCGGCACCUUUGCCAACCGCCUCGGCCUGCGCCUGACCCUCAGCCUGGGCGGCCUCGGCUACUGCAUCUACGCCGCCUCCUUCCUGUCCUACUCCCACAACCAGAACGAGGGCUUCGUCAUCUUCGCCGGCGCCUUCCUCGGCGUCUGCGCCGGCCUGCUGUGGACCGGCCAGGGCGCCAUCAUGAUGUCCUACCCGCCCGAGCACCAAAAGGGCCGCUACAUCUCGUGGUUCUGGAUGAUCUUCAACCUCGGCGCCGUCAUCGGCGCCCUCAUCCCCCUCGGCCAGAACAUCAACAAGACCUCCCGCAGCACCGUCACCGACGGCACCUACGCCGCCUUCAUCGUCCUCAUGCUUCUCGGCGCCGUCCUCGCCCUCUUCAUGUGCGACGCCCCCCGCAUCAUCCGCGACGACGGCUCCCGCGUCAUCGUCAUGAAGAACCCCUCCUGGCAGUCCGAGUUCCGCGGCCUCUGGGACACCCUCGCCCAGGACCCCUGGAUCGUCCUGCUGUUCCCCAUGUUCUUCACCUCCAACGUCUUCUACACCUACCAGACCAACGACAUGAACGCCCCGCACUUCAACACCCGCACCCGCUCCCUCAACAACCUGCUCUACUGGUCCUCCCAGAUCAUCGGCGCCCUCGUCAUGGGCUACGCCCUCGACUUCCCCCGCGUCCGCCGCAGCGUGCGCGCAAAGGCCUCCUACGUCGCCCUCUUCGUCCUGACCAUGGCCAUCUGGGGCGGCGGCUACGCCUGGCAGCGCAAGCAGGCGCCCCGCAGCGAGAUCGAGGGCAACGAGGCCUACCCGACCAUCGACUGGACCGACGGCGGCGAGCUGUACAUCGGCCCCAUGUUCCUGUACAUGUUCUACGGCUUCUUCGACGCCGUCUGGCAGACGAGCAUCUACUGGUACAUGGGCGCCCUGUCCAACUCGUCCCGUAAGGCGGCGAACCUCGCCGGUUUCUACAAAGGCAUUCAGUCCGCCGGCGCCGCCGUCUUCUGGCGCCUCGACGGUCUCGGUACCGAGUACAACACCAUCUUCGGCGCCUCGUGGGGCUGCCUCGCCGGCGCUCUCGUCAUCGGCGCCCCCAUCAUCUUCCUCAAGAUCAAGGACACCGUCUCCGUCGAGGAGGACCUCAAGUUCUCCGACGAGACCGUCGCCGACGUCGUCGCGCCCGGCACACUCGACGUCAAGCUCGACAAGGAGGUCGCUUGA